AAGCACUCCUCGGGCUACACUACACCACCAUGUCUGUUCGAUUCAGCUCCAACAGCAGGCAGUACUCCUCCGCCCGCAGUGGAGGAGGAGGAGGAGGUGGUGGUGGUGGAUCAUCCAUCAGAGUUUCCAGCACCAAAAGCUCCCUUGGUGGAGGGUACAGCUCAGGGGGGUUCAGCGGUGGCUCUUUUAGCCGUGGGAGCUCUAGCGGAGGUUGCUUUGGGGGCUCAUCAGGUGGCUAUGGAGGCUUUGGAGGGGGCAGCUUCGGGGGUGGCUAUGGAGGAGGCAGCUUUGGUGGAGGCUACGGAGGAGGCAGCUUUGGUGGAGGCUAUGGAGGAGGCAGCUUCGGUGGAGGAUAUGGAGGAGGCAGCUUCGGUGGAGGCAGCUUCGGUGGAGGAAGCUUCGGUGGAGGAAGCUUCGGCGGUGGGCUUGGAGGAGAUGGUGGUGGCCUUCUCUCUGGAAAUGAAAAGGUGACCAUGCAGAACCUGAAUGACCGCCUGGCCUCCUACAUGAACAAGGUCCGGGAUCUGGAAGAGUCAAACUAUGAGCUGGAGGGUAAAAUCAAGGAGUGGUACGAGAAGCACGGCAACUCCAGCCAGCGAGAGCCCCGGGACUACAGCAAAUACUACAAAACCAUCGAAGACCUUAAAGGGCAGAUCGUCAACCUGACAACUGACAAUGCCAAUGUCCUGCUGCAGAUUGACAAUGCCAGACUGGCAGCUGAUGACUUCAGGCUGAAGUAUGAGAAUGAAGUAGCCCUGCGCCAGAGUGUGGAGGCCGACAUUAAUGGCCUGCGCAGGGUGCUGGACGAACUGACCCUCAGCAAGGCUGACCUGGAGAUGCAGAUCGAAAGUUUGACUGAAGAGCUGGCUUACCUGAAGAAGAACCACGAAGAGGAAAUGAAAGACCUUCAAAAUGUAUCCACUGGUGAUGUGAACGUGGAAAUGAACGCUGCCCCAGGGGUGGACCUGACUCAGCUGCUCAACAACAUGAGAAACCAAUACGAACAACUUGCAGAAAAGAAUCGCAAGGACGCAGAAGCCUGGUUCAAUGAGAAGAGCAAGGAACUCACCACAGAAAUCGACAGCAACAUUGAACAAAUGUCCAGCCAUAAGAGUGAAAUCACUGAAUUGAGACGCACUGUUCAGGGUCUGGAGAUCGAACUACAGUCCCAGCUGGCCCUGAAACAAUCGCUGGAAGCCUCCUUGGCAGAAACAGAAGGACGCUACUGCGUGCAGCUCUCCCAGAUUCAAAGCCAGAUCUCCGCCCUGGAGGAACAACUGCAACAGAUUCGGGCUGAAACCGAGUGCCAGAACGCCGAGUACCAACAACUCCUAGACAUUAAGACCCGCCUGGAGAACGAGAUCCAAACCUACCGCAGCCUGCUAGAAGGAGAAGGAGGUUCCGGAGGCGGAUCCUACGGCGGCGGCGGACGUGGCGGCGGCGGCCACGGCGGCAGCUACGGCGGCGGAAGUACCGGCGGCGGCGGCGGAAGCGGAAGCUACGGCGGUGGAAGCUCCGGCGGCGGUGGCCACGGAGGCAGUUCCGGUGGCGGCUACGGCGGCGGAAGUUCCAGCGGCGGUGGUCACGGCGGCAGUUCCGGUGGUGGCUACGGCGGCGGAAGUUCCAGUGGAGGCCAGAGCGGAAGCGGAGGGUUCAAGACUUCCGGGUCCGGUGGCGGGGACCAAUCGUCUAAAGGCCCAAGGUCAGCAGAAACUAGCUGGGAUACUAAUAAAACCAGAGUGAUCAAGACGAUUAUUGAGGAGGUGACACCUGAGGGUAGAGUCCUUUCGUCUAUGAUUGAAUCAGAAACCAAGAAACACUUCUACUAAGCUGCUUAGAAGAGUCUCUAAACACAGGCCAACUGUACAGACGUGUGGAAAACAAAAUGUCCAGGAAAACACUUCUGUCUUAAUGGUCUAUGGAAAUAGGUUCGCUCCUUGAAAUUAAGGGUCUAAAAGGUGUUUUGUGGUUUCUGUAUUUCUUCUUUUCAUUUAUCAGAAAGUGUUCUUUUGUGGAGAAAAAAAAGAAAACUUUCUCAUUUACUAAUGAAUUUCUCAUUUACUAAUGAAUUUCAAUAAACUUUCUCACUCAUGCAAACUA